AUGCGUAGAUUAAGUAUGAAAACUAAGCACACUAAAUCUGAAACAAGUAAUAGCAAUUCCGAGGAAAAUGGCGUCGGUCAUUUAACCAUAGUUGACAAUAAUAACGAAAUGAAGAAAGGAAAGGAAAAUAAAAACGCGGAAUCACCGCGCAGAGGUACACCCAAAAAGCGUCCCUCGCGUAAUCGUCAUAGUCAGAAAGAAACAACUGAAAAUUCUACUCUGAAGUCCGAAAUUGAAGAUACUCAAGCUGUAGAUCGAGAAGAAGAAAAUAAGAAUGUCGGAAAAGCUGGUCCUAGUAAGAGACUCAAAAAAGAGGAUCAAAAAACAUCUUCUUUAAUAAAACAAGAAGGAAAUAAUGAAAAAGAAUAUGAGGUAGAAAAAAUUGUGAGUCAACGUACUAUCAAAGGUCAACGUCAAUUUUUAGUUAGAUGGAAAGGAUAUGGUGAAGAUUCUGACACAUGGGAACAAGAAAAGGAUUUAAGUUGUCCAGAAUUAAUAGAAGAGUUUUUAGCUGAAAAUACAGAAAAUGAAGAAGAUAUCAAAGCUAAAAGGUUGGAGAUUUCUCCAAAAUCACCAAAAAAUAAAGUGGAUAAAAAAUCUAAAAAACCUAAAAAUAAUACAAAAAAACAGACAGAAAAUGGUAAACAAAUAAUAGCAUCAGAUGAAGAAAAAGAUGUAAAAGAUGAUCAAAAAGAAUUUGAAGUAGAAAAAAUUAUAGAAGUACAUUUUAAAAAGAAUAAAACAAGAGAAUUUUUAAUUCGUUGGAAAGGAUUUACAUCAGCAGAUGAUACAUGGGAACCAGAAGAAAACUUAAAUUGUCCAGAAUUAAUUGCAAAAUUUAUGCAAAAAGUUGAAAAAGCUAAAAUUACAGAAGCUCGAGAACUUCGAGCAAAUCGUCCUCAUACAAAAAGGUACACCCUAACUACACAUGAACAUGGAAGGAGAUUAUCUCGAAGAAAUAUGGACAAACAAAGAGCUACUUAUCAUGAAUGUGAUGAAUAAAUAAUUAUAGAAUAGCAAGAUUACAAAAAAAUUAUAUUCAUAUAUAAUUUGCUUUUUGAAAAUGAUAAAGAUUAAUUUAAAAAAAUGGGGAUUUUUCUAUUGUUUAAAUUUGUAUAAAGUACAACAGAUAUUACUUAUAUAUACAAUAAACUAUCAUAAUUAUAUAAUGUCUGAGUUUCUCAGACAACAAUUUAA